AUGCAGGCGGGGGGGGGGAGCGGGAUCCUCCACCUGCCAUGGGGCGUGGCGGGGGAGAGGCGGCACCCUGCCAACCUCUUGGACACCGGCGGCCUCCCUCUGCCUGGCCGCAGGAUACAGGCUCGCAAACGCUCUUCCGCAGUUCCCGCUGACCCUCGCCUGGCUGGCCCCACCACCACGGCUGUCAGCCCCGGCAAUGGAAGGCGGAUUGGCCUGGGAGCACUGGGCAUGUUAGCCAACAUGGCCACUGAUCCCCUGCAGGCAGAGAAGGCUCUGUCAGACACCAGGCAGAGGCUGCUUUUCAGGGGGAUCGUGCGGGGGGAGGAGGAGGAUGGAGGAACCACCUCACUGGGCUGUGAAAUGUCCCUGAAUGUUCUUUCUAGGCCUUCUCCUCUUGUUGGUGGAGAGGAAGGUGUUGCUGUGCAGUCACUGGAUCAGUGCACAUCACAGCAUCUAUACCAGAGUCAAAGCAUAUCAAUACACAGUGUGUGGGAACAGCUUCAGAAACAUCAAAAAACCCAAAAGGGGGAUAAACUGUGCUUGCAGUUUGGAAAGAGAUUCAGUAGUGACACUGCCCUUGCUGUCCAUCAUUGCGUCUGCCAAGGAGAUACAUGCUCUAAAUACAGAAAGAGCUUCAAUGGCAGAGAUGAGCUUCCUUCCCAUCAAAGUUGCCACACAGGAGAGAAACUCUAUACAUGCUCAGAGUGUGGAAAGAACUUCGGUUGGAAGUCACACCUUUCUGCCCAUCAAAGAAUCCACACAGGGGAGAAACCAUAUACAUGCUCCGAGUGUGGAAAGAGCUUCAGUCAGAAGAGCAGUCUUUCUACCCAUCAAAGAAUCCACACAGGGGAGAAACCAUAUGCAUGCUCAGAGUGUGGAAGGAGGUUCAGACAGAAGGCUCAGCUUAAUAGCCAUCAAAGACUCCACACAGAAGAGAAACCAUAUGUGUGCUCAAAGUGUGCAAAGAGUUUCAGUCGGAAGGACCUUCUCUAUGACCAUCAAAGAAUCCACACAGGGGAGAAACCAUAUACAUGCUCAGAGUGUGGAAAGAGUUUCAGUCAGAAGGCCCUUCUCUAUGGCCAUCAAAGACUACACACAGGGGAGAAACCAUAUAUGUCCUCAGAGUGUGGAAAGAGCUUCAGUCACAAGGGCAGUCUUUCUGCCCAUCAAAGUUUACACACAGGGGAGAAACAAUACACAUGUUCAGAGUGUGGAAAGAGCUUUAGCUGGAAGUCAAGCCUUUCUUCCCAUCAAGGAAUUCACACAGGAGAGAAACCAUAUACGUGCUCAGAGUGUGGAAAGAGCUUCAGACGGAAGGCCAGUCUUUCUGCCCAUCAAAGAAUCCACACAGGGGAGAAACCUUAUAUGUGCUCAGAGUGUGGAAAGAGCUUCAGACAGAAGGAUAAACUUUUUGUCCAUCAAAGAAUCCACACAAGUGAGAAGCCUUAUAUGUGCUCAGAGUGUGGAAAGAGCUUCAGACAGAAGGAUAAACUUUCUGCCCAUCAAAGAAUCCACGCAGGAGAGUGUAGUGAGUAGCCUGCCAGCACUGAUGGAGUUAACAGGAAAAGAACCCAUGACCUUCAUUGACAGACUGGCAACCCUGGGGCCUGACCAAUCAACCAGGCAGGCAGGACUAGAGGGUAAGGAUGUGCAGGAACCAGUUUGGCUGUCCU